AUGCAAGAAUGGAAGUUAUUGGGUUCUGUAAAAGUGAUACCGAGAAGUACCGUGAUAGAUUCAAGCAGUCCAUUAGUUUUGCAAGCCAACGAGAUUCCUCAUCAUAUAAGUACUACACUGAAACAUCUUCCGUUGUACCUAAAACAUUUACUUAAAGACGCUUCAUCAAACUCAUACUUUUUCUUAGAACGUUAUGGUAGCCAAUAUUGGAUAUAUUGGCGAGUGACAACUGUUCACGUCAAUGAUUUUCAAUAUGAAGAUACAAAGAUGGCAAAUGGGAGGCCGUACGACCAGGGAACUAUAGCAAACUGGAGCGAGUACAGCAUUGAAAAAUUAUUAGAAAACUGGAGCCACAAUAUAGCGUCAAAUGCGUCCUCCUCAACCUCACAAGGGAAAAAGGUUAAGAUCAACAUGAGACCACCGAAUGCAAAAAUUGAUGGUAGACAAAGUAUUAAGCCCAAUGAUAUUCCACAUACACCAUUAGAUCCAAAAGAUUAUUUUGAACAGAAGUAUUACGAUGCGUUAUUUUCAAUUAAGUUACCACUGGCAUACUUCGUAAAAUCCAACCUGGUUAGAUUUAAAAACAUUUGCAUGGCUGUAAGUGGUGAAGAAUAUAAUUUACAAUACCAAAGCAUACUCUCACAAUUCUUACUGCAUGUACAAGACUUUGAUAAACGUUACGAGAAAACUUCAGUCAUAAACGAGACUUACCUAUUACCUUCUUUUGCUUUACAAAGUAGAGAUAAACUUCUUUCCGAGUACAAUCAAUCCAAAAACACUCCAACUUUUGAUGCUCUUAUGAAUGACCUGAUGCUAAUCGUUAAAGCUCGAGAAAUCAAGCUGCAGUUGAUAUUAUUGCUUGAAAUUAUACAUCAAAACACUUUGGAUAAAAAGUUCAAAAAUUUUGAAUUAAAUUAUGAGAGUAAAUUGAAAAGAAGAGCUGUAAAUGUUACGAGACGCACGAGGGCUAAGAAAAAUAGUUAUAACAUAUCUUCAACAGCCAAUGCUUUCGGUUCUGGCUCAGCGUCUGUGGAUUACUGCGAGCAGUUAGACAUAUAUCUUGAUAAAUUAUCCAUUCUGGAGAUCCUAUUAGAGACUGAAAAUAGUUUGUCUAAUGAAAACUCCGAGGAACUAAACCCUAUCCAAGAGUACAAGAAAAAUAUUCUAAAUAAAAAUAAGGAAGCUUCAUCGGUUGGGUUCGUUAGUUACAUUUUGAUACCAUACUACACUAAGAAAGUUCCAUAUGCUGUAACAUUUAUCUUACGUAAACUUAAAGGACCGAGCUUAAAAGCUAAAAAGCCAAUAUCAAACAAAUCAGUGAAUAACGAUGGAACUGAUACAACAUGGUCAGAAUCCAAACACUUCCAACAAACCAAUAAUAAUGACCUAGCAUCAACGGCAAUUUCUACCACAUCAAAUUUAUAUUCAGUAUCAUCAAGGCCGACGCUUAAUAGACAUCUUACAUCCGGAAGUCUCGUUCCUUCUUUACUAAAUGCCAGAACAAAUUCAAAUCUCAGCGAGCUUUUAGAAGCUGACUCACAAUCAUUGAGGCACCCGUCUUCUCUUUCGAGAACUACAUCUGAUUUGACUAUGAAUAAUCUCCAAAAGAGACAGCUUUCGGUAUCUGAUUUUGCAAGUGCAGAUAAAAAGGAGGGCAUGUCCUUGAAGGGUGGAAAGGUUUCUACCUUAAGCCAAUCGUCAAGAAAAGUUGCAGCCAUUCCUACGAAUAAUACACAUUCGUUCAGAAGAGUUGGUAAAUUAAAGUCUACUAAAAGUUUUACGAAAAGUUAUCAAUUUGAAUCUCAAAAUCAAAUCGACGAGACUGACGUAAUCCAAGUCACAGCCACACCGUUAAGUAAGCCCAGUAGGAAUAAUAUUCAUGGAAGGCAAUAUUCUGAAAACUUGGUUGAAUCACCCAUGAACAGUAUUAUAAGUUCAGGAGGCUCUAAUAAGGCUCAUUUACCGGACCAUUUUGUUUCUCCAACUAAUCUUCAAACUCAUUCGUCCAUACGGAUAACACAAACUCCAUCAUUCAAAGAUAGAACUACGCGAUCAUACAUGAGAGCAACCCACCUAGAGAAAGUUCAAGAGUUCCCGGCUGCCGAAUAUAUCGAGAAAACACCAAAAGAUGACAUGCCUAAAACUCCUAAAAUAGAGUUAAUAGAAGAACAACAACCUCAAAAGAAAAAAGUUAGAAGACGGCUUUUUGCACCAUAA